AUGGUGCAAACAGUUUUCGGUGUGGAAGAGGAAAUACCACCCCCAACUUUAGGCAUGGUAUUUGAAGGGAAUUGGGUUGUUCGUAGGCUAAAGUUGGAGCACACCGGACACAAAGUUACACCGGGAAAGUCCAAGGAUGUUUCCAUGUACAGGAAGCACGAGUUGGUUGUUAACAAUAAGCACUUGGUGAAACAGGUGAUUUUAGCGAAGAAUUCGAAGGUGAAGGUUUCCCAGUUUUACGGAUGUUUUGCUAGCGAACGGAAUGGGGUGGAUCAGAUGACAUUUACUCAAAAAGACUUGACGAAUGUAGUGGCUGAGGAGGAAAAAAAGAGGCUGGAACUUACUGAGGGUGAUGCAAAUGGGAUGAUUGAGUACUUUAACAAAAUGAGUGCAGAAAAUCAAAUUUUUUUUCAUCUUUGUAGGUUUGGGAAGGAUGAUUCAUUACAGGAUGUUGUAUGGGUUGAUGAGAGGAGUAGAGCUGCGUAUGAGGAGUUUGGCGAUGUUGUUUAUUUUGAUAGUACUUACUUGACUAACAAAUUCCAUUUGCCCUUUGCUGUAUUUCUUGGUGUGAACUACCACGGACAGAGUAUAUUUUUUGGUUGUGCAUUGACCUCUCGAGAGACCGCAGAAACGUACGAGUGGGUGAUGAGGACAUGGCUGCAUUGUAUGGGCGGUAAAGCCCUUACAUCAAUUCUGACGGAUCAAGAUCCGGCAAUUAGGAAUGCUGUUCAUUCUACUAUGACUGACACUUGCCAUAGGUGGUGCAUAUGGCACAUCCUUCAGAAGUUUGGUAGGUAUGUGAAGCAUGACGAGUACGAAGAUGUAAAGGAUGACUUUGAGAGCCUCAUAUACGGUAGUUUUGAUGCUGAUGAAUUUGAAGGUCGAUGGUGUGAUGCAGUUGAUCAUUACAAACUACAGGAUAACAGUUGGCUAGAGAGAAUACGACGUUGUCUGAGUAAGGGCAGAGGCCGAAAGAAUGGCAGACUCGAACACAUAACGCCUAAACAUGCAAAGAAGGAGUCCGUGACAAAGAUUCGUAGAUGCUACCGGGUUGUAUAUAAUACCAGUACUUAUGAAGUUGCAUGUGACUGUAAACACUCUGAGUGUCACGGAACCAUUUGUCGCCAUAUGAUUCUUGUUUAUGAUCUUAGUGGAGUAAGGAUUGUUCCUGAGAAGUAUAUACUUCAUCGUUGGAGGAAGGAUGUACAACGGAAACACACACGGGUAAAAGUUGCUUACCAUGAUCCAUUGACAACUGAUGAGGUGAGGAAUUAUCACAAUAUUAUGGGGACGUAUGAACAGAUUUGCUCUAAGGCUUCCACUUGUAAGGAGGCAGUGUAG